UUGAAUCGUAUACUUUGUAUCCUAACCUUAAUCGGGAUUCAUCCAAACGACUUAUAUGGGAUUGCUGUAAAUAAACCAAUCCAAACUCUUUCUCUGCAAGCAAAUUGGAUUGAAUUGGGUCAUUUGGUCUGGAGGUUGUUUCUAUGAACACCCUAACAUAAUUUCCUACAUCCCUUUCCGGUUCGCCCUCAGUCAGCAGUAAGCUGCCCCGAGCCCGAAUGAGUCUGGCUUCAAUCUUCUUCAGCAGUGGCCUGGCUUCGUCCCUCUGGACGUCGAAUAGUCGGAGCUCCGGGACACCCCUCGCCCUCCUGCGCACGUUAGUCUCUGCCCAUGCUCUCCAUUACACGCCCCACCGGAAACGCCCGUCAUGUUGUUCUUGGAACUCCAGCAACAAAAGAACAUUCAUCUGUGAAUCUCUUAAAUCUUCAGACAUUACCCCCACCGCUACUGUCCCUUCUUCCUUUAAGGGCUACAGUGAAUAUGGCCGCUUGCUUCCAUGUCCUUCAGAAAAUGGCCCACCAAGAAUUGAACAUAUAGUUGUUUCAGAAGGAGGGCCUGUUCUUGAAUAUAUUAGUGAAGCCUUGGAUCUUCCCCCUCCGUUUGUUGCAGAUCUCAUCCAUUUUGGAGCUGUAUAUUAUGCACUUGUGUGUCCAGAGCCUCCUCCGAGUGCAACGCCGGAGCAAGUUAGAGUAUAUAGGGAAGUUACAGCAUCUUCUGUUCUGAAAAGAAGAGCUUCAAUCAGAGGAAAAACAGUGCGAGAAGCACAAAAGACUUUCCGGAUAACUCAUGUUGAUGAGUUUGUUGAAGCUGGAACAUACUUGCGUGUGCAUGUGCACCCCAAACGCUUCCCAAGGUGCUAUGAAAUUGAUUGGAAAUCAAGAAUUAUUGCAGUAUCUGAAUCCUACGUGGUUUUAGACAAACCUGCUGGAACAUCUGUUGGAGGAACUACUGACAACAUUGAAGAAAGUUGUGCUACUUUUGCCUCACGUGCAUUGGGAUUAACAACACCGUUGAAGACUACUCAUCAGAUUGAUAAUUGCACUGAAGGCUGUGUUGUUUUGGCUAAAACCAAGGAGUACUGCUCAGUUUUCCAUCAAAAGAUUAGAGAGAAAAAGGUGAAAAAGCUUUAUCUUGCUCUUGCUGCUGCUCCUCUGCCUAUUGGAAUAGUUACCCAUUACAUGCGUCCAAUUAACAUGGCUCCAAGACUUAUUUCUGAAGAUCCUAUUAAAGGAUGGCACUUGUGCCAACUUCAGGUUUUGGAAUGUGAGAGGGUUCCCUGGCCAGAUACUGUCACUGAAGAGAAGUAUUGUGUGGAUGACUGUGGAUGGCCCUCAAAGGAUUAUGCAUUUGAGUGUAAAAUUAAUCUUUUGACAGGCCGGACUCAUCAGAUACGAGCUCAGUUGGCUGCCUGUGGUGCGCCAGUAGUUGGCGACUCAAUGUACAUGCCAGCUGCAAUUGCGGAGCUUGCCAAUCCAGGGCUUAAUCUAUUUGGCAAGUACAAGAAACAAUUUACUAGUGAGGAUGACAAAACUGCAGCUGUGCAAGAGUGGAUAGCACAACAUGGGAAGGAGCCUAGCAUUGCCAUUGGUCUCCAAGCGUGUCAAAUUUCUUGGGAUGAAGGAAUGCACAUUUAUCAUGCUGGAUCUCCCUGGUGGAGAUGAGGAAAUGCCUACCAAAGUCCCCAGGUGCUAGAGGUUGGGGGUCAGUAAUGUUGUUCCAAAUUGGACAGAAGUUGAGGUCUCAUGUUUAGAAGUUCCCAGAAUUCACUGAUCUGCUCAUUUUUGUCCCAUUCCUUGGGUCGUUUGUAAGAUCAACUUGCAGCUGUCCACAAGCAUUGUGUCAAGAGGCUGAGAAAAGCCUACCGAAUGUUAGGUGAUCAUUGUACAUUUUUCUUUUGCUGUGCUUUUUAAUGAUUGAAGGCCAUUGCAUUGUGCUA